AUGGCACCACCAUUGGCUGGAAUAAAGGAGACCUCCGCAUCCCUGUCCGCACAGGCCAUCAGAGAUCGCUUGUUAGACUCCAUGAGCUCUGCGAUGCCCUCAAUGGUGCCAUUGGACAUUGUGGACCGCUGCAUCCUUCUCUACAUGCAGUACACUUUCCCCACUGCUCCGAUCGUGCAUGAGCCCACUCUGCGACAGUACGCGGUCACGUUCUUUUCUGACGCCAGCACAAGAUUAUUCGCCGCACUCACAACCGAAGAGGAAAUGGCGCAUAUGCGGGCUUUUGCUCUUCUCAGUGGAUUAUGUGCGUCUGUCGCGUCGGUAAUACCAAGCUCUCUAUUGUCUUACCGGCAUUUGAUCGCGAAGCCAUGUCUUGAUGCUUCACGCGACAUGCUGAGAGUGUUUGAGGACUACGAUGUGGACAAUCCGAAUUCAUCUUCAAUAGUCACGCGGAUUUUUCAUACCACCGCCUCGCAGAAUAUUACCGGCAAAGCGAGGCUGACUUAUCAUAUUCUUGGUCAAGCGGCGCUGCUCAUCACAAACAUGCGUCUAUACAGGGAAGACGCCCUUCAGUCUCAUGAUCCCCUUGAGUGCCAAUUGCUGCGCCAUAUCUACUGGCAAAUAUAUGCAGCGGAUCAAACGGCGUUAUGUUUGCGCAGUCGCCCCUUUCAUCUACAUGAGCUGCUUUAUAACGAGGAAUCAACUAUAUGCAUCCCAGGGAGAAAACCAGUAAUCCCUCAAUUCGAUACUACAGCCGCGUGGUAUGAUGUGGUGUUUGAGGAGCGCAUGCUGCUUUCCUUCCAUAUUAUCCCUCGGCUUUGGUCGACGGCAGCUGCGUUGAUGUUUGAUAUGAGAAAGUGCAAAGGACAGGUAAAUGAAGCAGAAAAGUCACGAUUCUUUCAAGCAUACGUGGAAUUUCUAGGCAUCAUGGACGGCCUUCCAUACUGGCUACAGGCUUCUCAUUUGAUAUUUACUCCUAACGACGGUGAUGUAGCGCGGUUCCACAAGACAUCUUUUUGGGUUCAAAGGUGUACGAUUCAGGUAUCAUUCCAGUGUCUGCGGUUAGUCAUUCUACAACAAUGCAUUGAUUUGGAAUUAUGCGAUAUCAUGGGCUUGAACAAUCAGCCAAUGACUUUCCAAAUGACCAAAGUUGGAAUGGUUCAGGACUUUGUUCAAACUCUGGAUGAUAUUCCAUUUGUCUUUUUGUUGGUGAAAGGGGAGCCGACGGUGAGGCAAGAAACAUUGAGGCUCAAUGUGGCCGUUCACUAA